AUGGGCUCAAAACUGUUUUUGGCGUCUUCCAGCGACAAGAAAGAGAAGCCAACGCAGGAUUCGUUGCGGCCAAACAGCACUAGCGCAUCAGUGAGCUUAAGAUCUAGCAGUCAUAAAUACAAGCUUUCGACGCCAUUUGAACGCGUGUUGACGGAAGUUUCAAGCUUUGAACGCGUGAAGUCGGUCCAGAGGUCGGUCGACCAUCACAUCAAAAUCGUGGUUGUAGGCGACGGAGCAGUGGGGAAAACAUGUCUUUUGAUUUCGUACACGCAGGGUAGAUUUCCUCAAGAGUACGUGCCGACGGUAUUCGAGAAUUAUGUCACCAAAGUCAAAGGGCCUGCAGGAAAGGUGAUCGAGCUCGCACUAUGGGAUACGGCUGGACAGGAAGAAUACAACAGACUGAGACCACUUUCGUACACAGACGUCGAUCUUCUAAUGGUGUGCUACGCAGCCAACAGCAAGACGUCGCUGCAAAACGUGGAAGAGCUUUGGAUUCCCGAGGUCUGCCAUUUCUGUCCCGAUACGCCCAUAAUGCUGAUUGGCACCAAAAGCGACUUGUACGCCCUGGAUCAGAUCGACAAACUGGUCAACCCCACAGAGGCAGAAACUCUGGCGCAGAAAGUCGGCGCGAUUGCUCAUUUCCAGUCGUCUGCCAAAUUGCAUCACAACAUCGACGAGAUUUUCGGCGAGGCUAUGAAGGCCGUGCUGCGGACGUCAGUUCAAGGGCCCAAAAAGUUCUCGCCGUUUUCUAAAACGAAAAAAGGUGACAGCGAUUCAGCCAAAAGACGAAAGCACAGGUGCUCCAUCCUUUGA